CCCUCGAUUGCUCCCGUCGCGGGCCUCCUUUUAGCUAUAGCAAGAAUGACGUCGAUAUAUCGGCCUACCGAAGCAAUCCGCCUUCUCAAACCUAGUCUUCGCCUUCCCUACGUCCGACCGCGUCAGACAGUCUCCAAAGCAGCUGUCUUCUCCACCUCACACCCAUCGCACGCAACACACAGCUCCACCUCCAAUACCCCCAACUCCCAACCCCGCAAACACAUCACCGUUGCGAGCGACGAUGGCCGCAUACGCUGGGCCGACCUCAGUACCAGUGAAAAAGCCACGCGAACAACCCAGCAAAGCUUCAAUUUGGCCAUUGUCGCUGUCGGCAUCGCAUUAACCGGCGCAGUGACCUACCUCCUUUACACCGAAGUCUUCUCUUCGGACUCAAAAACCUCGCACUUCAACCGCGCAACCGACACCAUCCGGCUCUCGCCCGCCUGUACGAAGCUCCUCGGCCCCGGACCGCAAAUAAAAUCCUAUGGCGAACCCUCCUGGAGCCGGUGGGCGCGGAACCGAAUUGUCGCGUCAUCCAUCGAGACAGACCGCUGGGGCACCGAGCACCUGCAUAUGAAGUUUUAUGUGGAAGGGCCACUGAAUCAGGGUGUGGUGCAUGUGCAUAUGACGAAGAAACCGAGUCAGGAUGAGUUUGUGUAUAGGACCUUGGCGGUGGACGUGAAGGGGCACCAGAGGAUUUAUUUGGAGAAUGCGGAGGAGGGGGCGGAGAAGAAGAGUGCACCUAAGAUUUUUGGGGCGAGGUGGUGGUAGUGAGGAGAGGUGGCCGGUAAUUGAAUUGUGGUAAAGAGUAUUGUUGAUGGACCGUUGCGCGGUGCGAGAUUCUCCUUGCUCAUAGCGAGAGAUCCAAGACCGAAAUUUCUGUAUACCACACGAAGAGCACCAUAGAGGGACAGUUCUUUGCAUGAUGGAUGAAGCCUAACAUAGCAAAUCUAAUCUCGACUGAAACGAGUAAGGAAGGAUUUUGCGGAGAAAAAGGAGGUAUCUAUAUCAUUCUCAUCCUAAAUGCUCUAAGAUGCAAAACAGCCCGCUCAGAGGCAAAUCAAUGAAUCGCGCUGAGCCAACUUUCU